AUGCCCACCAAAACUACCAUGAGGAGUCAAACCAGACACCUAGGCUUCAGUGGCAGUUCAGCCAGAGUGCCUGGGCUAAACAUCUCUGGCCUUAGCAAUGUGUCCACAUCUUCCUUGGGCAGCAGAGGUUCCCAAGUCAUUUUUGGAGGAGCUGGCUUUGGCAGCAGGAGCCUCUAUGGUGCAGGGAGCUCCAAGAGGAUCUCCAUGGGAGGGGGCAGCUUUAGUCUUGGGGGUAGCUAUGGCAGCCUAAUCAGAGGAGGCUUCAGCUUUGGAGGAGGAGCUGGCAAUGGUUUUGGUUUUGGUGCUGGAGCUGGCUUACCCAUAUGGCCCCGGGGAGGCAUCCAAGUGGCCACCGUCAACCAGAGCCUCCUUACCCCUCUGAACCUGCAAAUCGACCCUACCAUCCAGCAGGUCAGGACUGAGGAAAGAGAGCAGAUCAAGACCCUCAACAAUGAUUUUGCCUCCUUCAUCAACAAAGUGCAGUUCCUGGAGCAGCAGAACAAGGUUCUGCACACUAAGUGGGCUCUGCUGCAGGAACUGGGCAUUGAUGUCAUAAGUCCAGACCUGGAGCCUUUGUUUGCUUAUUACAUUGACUACCUUUUGAGAGACCUUGGUGGCAUCCUUGGGCAGAAGGACCCCUUGGACUCUGAGCUGAGGAGCAUGGAGGACAAGGUGAAGGACUACAAGAGCAAAUAUGAAGAUGAAAUCAACAAGUGCACAGCAGCAGAGAAUGAAUUCAUGGCCCAGAAGAAGGAUGUAGACACUGCCUACAUGAACAAGGUUGAACUUAAAGCCAAGGCAGACAGUCUAACAAAUGAGAUCGACUUCUUGAGAGCUGUGUUUGAGUCUGAACUGUCUCAGAUGCAAACUCACAUCUCAGACACAUCUGUGGUCCUCUCCAUGGACAACAACCGCAGCCUGGAUCUGGACAGCAUCAUUGCUGAGGUCAAGGCCCAGUAUGAGGACAUUGCUCAGAGAAGUCGGGCUGAGGCCGAGUCCUGGUACCAGAGUAAAUAUGAGGAGCUGCAGGUCACAGCUGGCAGGCAUGGGGACGACCUGCGCAACACCGAGCAGGAGAUCGCUGAGAUCAACCGCAUGAUCCAGAGGCUGAGAUCUGAGAUCGACCACGUUAAGAAGCAGUGUGCCAACCUCCAAGCUGCCAUUGCUGAGGCUGAGCAGCGUGGGGAGAUGGCCCUGAAGGAUGCCAGGGGCAAGCUGGAAGGGCUGGAGGAUGCCCUGCAGAAGGCCAAGCAGGACAUGGCCAGGCUGCUGAAGGAGUACCAGGAACUCAUGAAUGUCAAGCUGGCCUUGGACGUGGAGAUCGCCACCUACAGGAAGCUUCUGGAAGGAGAGGAGUGCAGGCUGCGUGGUGACGGUGUUGGACAAGUCAACAUCUCUGUGGUGGAGUCCACUGUUUCCAGUCGCAAUGACAGUGCAGGUGGUGCCAGCAGUAGCUUAUCCCUGGGAGGAGGCAGCACCUACUCCUAUGACAGUAGCCACAGCCUUGGAGAUGGCCUUGGUGCUGGCAGUGGCAGAGGCAUCAGGGGUGGCCUCGGCUCCUCUGGUGGAGGCUCUUCCACCAUCAAAAACACCAUCAACACAUUCUCCAGCAGGAAGAGCUACAGGCACUGA